AUGGCUUCAUCCGUUCAGAGCUUCGGUUCCCGCCUCCUCCUCCUCCUGACCGUCCUGCCGCUGACUCUGGCCGUCUUCGCCUUCGUCCUCCAAUGGCGCGGCGGUCUCAACGAUCCCGUCACCCGCUGGUCACCUGAGUUCCCCGGCAUGGCCAGCCUCCCCGGCCCCGUCCUCCACGCCUCCUCCGACUGCGCCGAUCCUCUCGGCCGCAGCCACUCCCCGUCCUUCCCUUACUUCCGCGACUGGAAGUUUGAUUUCUCGCCUUCCGAUCUCACUCCCAAGAUAUGUAUUCAAACAAGCACUUCUGCUGGAUUAGAGCAAACUUUGCCAUGGAUCUUCUAUCAUAAGGUUAUUGGAGUUUCAAACUUUCUCCUUUUUGUGGAAGGGAAGGCUGCAUUUCCAAAUGUAUAUAAAGUCUUAGAAACCAUUCCGGGAGUGAAGGUUAUACACAGGACAAGGGAAUUAGAGGAGCAGCAAGCUAAAAGCCGGAUUUGGAAUGAGACUUGGCUGUCAAGCUUCUUCUAUAAACCAUGUAAUUAUGAGUUGUUUGUGAAGCAAUCCCUUAACAUGGAGAUGGCUAUUAUCAUGGCAAGGGAAGCUGGAAUGGAUUGGAUUAUCCAUCUUGACACUGAUGAGCUAAUUUAUCCAGCUGGCACUCGAGAGUACUCUUUGAGACAUUUGUUGUCCGAAGUGCCUGGAGAUGCUGAUAUGGUUGUCUUUCCUAAUUAUGAAAGUAGUGUUGAGCGAGACGAUGUCAAGGAACCUUUCAGUGAGGUUUCAAUGUUCAAGAAGAACUAUGACCAUCUUCCAAAAGAAGUGUAUUUUGGCAAUUACAGAGACGCAACCCGGGGUAAUCCAAACUAUUUUCUAACCUACGGAAAUGGAAAAUCAGCUGCUCGAAUUCAAGAUCACCUCCGCCCUAAUGGUGCACACAGAUGGCACAAUUAUAUGAAGACACCAAACGAGGUCAAAUUGGAGGAGGCUGCUAUUCUGCAUUAUACAUAUCCCAAAUUUUCAGAUUUGACCUCUAGACGUGAUCGGUGUGGUUGCAAACCGACGAAGGAGGAUGUUAAAAGAUGCUUUAUGUUGGAAUUUGACAGAGCUGCAUUCAUAAUUGCUUCAACUGCAACACAGAACGAAAUGCUUAGCUGGUACCGGGAACGCAUUGUGUGGACUGACAAAGCUCUGAACUUAAAAUUAUUGAGAAAGGGCAUCUUGACUCGGAUUUAUGCACCGAUGGUCAUCAUACAAGGUUUGAGGGAAUCUGGCGUUUUCAGCUCCCUAAUUGCAUCAGCUGAACAAGCAACUCUCUCUAAAGAUCAGUUCUUGUUGUCUGUUGAGAGUAGCAACUCCUCUAGGGAAACCACAUCUGGCACAAUCACUUCGAGGAAGAUUGGUAAAUUAUAUGAUUCUCAAGCAACUGCUAGAAAGGUCUUGGAAUUCACAGGCAACACUUCUCACACUUUAGCAGUUGCACCAUUAUCUCCGCCUGGCUUGGAUGAUUUUUCAUUUGAAACAGAAAUGUUUUCUGAACCACAAUGAUGUAGCCUCUUUAAAAGUCCAUCUUCCUGUGUGAUCAAGCACUGCGAGAAAUGAAAUUUUGUUGAAGAGAAAGUUGAGGGACUGAAAGAAGCAGGAGUGGCUGUUGAGAUGUGUCUUUCGGCUUUUCAUUUCGUGGUAGUCUUCCCGAUCAUUACCCAAGCGCUGAUGUACAUUACG